AUGUUUGGGCUGCUUGAUUGGCAGGCCCCUGCGGUGACUUUGGCGGGCGCGGUAGGAACAACUCAGACAGAAGGUGGGAGCGGUGGAGAGAGGACAGGGUGGGGUGGAAGCCGCUAUCAUGUUGGGAUUGAUGAUCCGCCAGGCCAAGAGCCACCCGAGUUUAAUUCCAUUAUUUACCUUCAUUGGCAUUGGAAGUUUUGGAGCAGGCAUGUACCUCCUGCGGCUUGCUGUCCGUAACCCUGAUGUGAGCUGGAAUCGCAAGAACAACCCUGAGCCUUGGAAUAAGGUAGCACCUACUGAGCAGUACAAGUUCUUUACUGUGAACAUGGACUAUAGUAAACUGAAGAAGGAUCGACCAGACUUCUAAAUGUUGAAGACAGAACAUCUUGUCCAGGUGGCUUUGUUGGGCUAUGAAGCUUUAUGCACAAUGAUGCCUAUAAUACUACUGUUACAUGAGUUUUAGUGCACAUUCAGAAAUUAAAUACAUUGUACUUAAUUUGUGUAUAUAUGAAAUGUUGAAUAAAUCUGGAGUGUGCUACCUA